CCCUGACACCUAUCGGACGGAUUCACUGCCGGUGAAAGAGCUGUCACUACUAUCGAGCGACAGCGAUGACUUCACCGCAUGCUGCCUCAGAUGAGGCUGUUGCCACUAUGGUCACAACUGCUUUUGAUGAUAGGCCAACCAACUUCGAACUCACCGCUGGAGAUAACGCCGCUCCGGGAGCGAAUGACAUCCUAGUAGCCACGGCGCGAGAGGAUGCGAACCCGGAAUACGCAGAACGGGUCACUUCAAUUGAGCAGCUCCAGAUCAGUGCAGACAAUGAUAAUGUUGGGCCAAAUGUGGAAAGCGCCGCGGCCGAAUCACAACCAGUUCAAAUUAAAAGUGACCUUAUCAUGGAGCCGGCAAUCCCUCGGACACCAGAGAACAACGACGAUGACACGGAAUAUCCCCGCGUCCCCCUUGGCGACUACGAACAACUGCGUGCUUUGUCACAUAUGCUGCAAUAUCAGGCCCCGCCAGGACUAGCUGAAGCUCUGAACGCGUCCGCAAUGGCAACUCUCUCUGGAAACGACAUCUCGAUGGAUAACACAAACGAUUCCAACGGACCUUACGCCGAGAUGCCGCAGCCUACCCGUCAUAAUGAUGAGACUCGAAUCUCAGCAUAUGCUCUUCUCGAGUUCGAGGACGGACAAUUCUAUAUGAACACUUACUCGGUAAUACUGGGGCGAGAUCGCCAAGCUGCCCGAAAUGCCAUGAGGCGAGAUGCGGAGGAGGCAAAAGCGAAUAUGGACGAGCACAGCAUUGGGGGAGAGCCAAAAACCCCGGUUCGGAUCAAAAGGGAGGAGAGCAAAUAUACAAAGUCCGUCAUUAGCGAAAGUGGUGGUAUCCUCAGAGAUGGCGAUGAUUCCGACAGCGACGAACGUUCGAGGCGUCGCAUGCACCGCAAAGCCAGCAAGAAGUCAAAAUCUACCGGGUCUUCGUCAAACCGAGUGUCUAGGAGGCAGUCAUUGGUGCAACCAAGCGGCAAAAUUGAGUAUCAGGCCCAGCCCCAAGCUCGUCGGCAUGCCCCCGAAACCGCCGGAGCAGUACCUGUUGACCCGGCAUCCUUACGACCUUCCCCACACGAUUGCCCUUUGGUGGGAAUCCAUCCACCCGCCACCACUCCUGCAAGCGGCUACAAGGCCAUCUCCCGGCGGCAUGUAAAGAUUGCCUACAAUUCAAAGAAAUCUCUCUUUGAAGCCGAAAUCAUCGGGCGGAAUGGCGCGUUUGUGGACGAGAUUUUCUACUAUCAUGAGGAUGUUAUUCCUUUGAAGAGUGGCAGCUAUCUUCAGAUUGGGGGGGUCGUUGUGCGCUUUGUGCUGCCUGACGUUGCACUUGGGGAAACAGGCGCUGAAAUCCCAGCUGAGCACGGAGAAUCUGGUAUACAAGAUCGGUAUGUCGAAGGAGGAAAGGAAAUGAGCUUCGAUUUCGACGAUGCCACUCGUGAAGGCGCUCUACUUGGAGAUAGCAGUGACGAAGUAUCGGAUGAUGCAGAUCGGCCCAAAUUAGGGAUUGAAGGUGAAGACGACGAAGAAGGAGACGGAGAUGAACUUGGAGAGCAACAAGAAGGGAGCGAUAUCGAAGAAGACAACAGCGAACUGUCAGAGGUACCGGAUGAGGCGGAGUAUGGAAAUGAUGACCAAGAUGAGCAAUCCAAAGAAACUCCAGAGUCGAUGCCCAUGCCACAAAAGAAGAGAGGCCCCGGGCGUCCACCUAAAAAUGGCAUCAUGUCGAAACGGGAGCAGCAGCUAGCCAAGAAGGAGGCACAGCAGAGAGCUGCGCAAAAGACGGUUUCACAGCCGGACACGUCCGGAAAGAACAAAGUUGGUAGACCUAGGAAGAAUCCAGUAGAGGAAUCUCCGGUCAAGACCGAAAAAAGGAAGUACACCAAGCGGAAGCCUAAGGACCCGGAUGCUCUCGUAUCCAAGCAGGAGGGCUCUUGGGAGGACGAUAGACCCUCCAAAGAAAAGAAGGAAAAAAAGUCCACAAAACCACCUCGCUCUCCGUCACCUACUUUCAACGAGGCAGAUCUUACUCCAGAGCAGCUAGCGAAGCCUCAAGCAAACUACGUCACCCUUAUUCAUGAAGCUCUCAGCAACUCGCCAACAGGUCAAAUGUCCUUACCACAGAUAUAUCGCGCCAUACAGCGUAGAUAUCCUUUCUUCGUGCUUAAGUGCAACACAAAUGGCUGGCAAAGUAGUGUCAGGCACAAUCUUUCGCAGCACCACGCUUUUAGGAAGGUUGAGAGAGACGGGAAGGGUUGGAUGUGGGCUAUCGUAGACGGAGUUUCCAUCGAGAAGGAGAAAAAGAGACGGCCCACUCCUCCUCAUCAGUUGCCUCCACAUUUACAACAACCGAUAUACCGUGCUGGGCCGCAUCCUCAUAUGAUGCAUGGGCCUCCUGGUAUGAUGCCGCCUCCUGGCUAUGCCAUGAACCACAUGCCGCCCCAUUUACGGCCAGGACAACCUCCACAAUACGCUGGGCAGCCCAUGAAUGGAUACCCGCUUCCACCAGGACAGCACUCCAUGAAUGGCGGCGCACCUCCUCCAGGAUUCCCUUCCGCAUUACCGACUGCUCAGCCCAUGGGUGCUACGAGCAAUACUUACAGUUCGCCAUAUGCUCCAAAGCCACCGGCUAAUCCCACUCAACAAGCGCCACCAAAUACAUCUCACAAUCCUAGCCAAGCGCCCCCUCAAAGUGUGCCUUACCAAACUCCACAACAACCCCGACCGAUUGAGCAAGGGCCCCCACAACCGGAUAACGCAAUGUGGCGAGCCAUUGAUAGCUUUCGGACAAAUUUGGUUGCUACUAUGAAGCCAAAGAAUAACAAGGCCGAAGCUUUAGUUGCGUCAUCUAUCAACCGUGUCAUGGGGGUUACUUCUCAGAGCACAGCUACGGUGGUAGAAUCUGAUUUGAAGUUAGAGGAUCAAAUUAUGGCUGCCCUGAAAUCGAUGCUUAAAAGAUUCCCCGAGUUUAACAACGGCACUUUUCAGCAACCUCCCGCCCAAUUGGGGACAAAUACAAUGCAGCAAAGCACGCAACAAACGGAGGCUGCGCCAAGACAGGCCUUGGCCCAACUCACCCCUGCGCCAACAGGAAACGCAGCUCAUGCAACCUCCGACAUCUCUGCCGCCAAGAAGGCUCCAACACCAGGUCCCGCUGUGCAAAGACCUACAUUUAUUGGCCAAUCCCACAAUCGACCAAACGGCCCUUCUGUUCCUCGACCGCCUAUGAUGACUCCAGGGAUGACUCGAGCCAAUUCCAGUAGCUCCGCUAACCCCUCCUUCCGGGCCACCACCAGCGCAUCACCCGCUCCUCCUCCAGCUGCAAACACCACUUCAGCUUCAGGUGACUUGACACCACAUCAAGUUCAGAAUGCGCCUGGCACAGAAUCUAACGAAGGUCACCAAAAACUACUGUACCAAUCAGCAGUCAAUAACGAUUCUCCUGCGGCUGCUGCUCAGCCACAGCCGACUGCGGUUGCGCAGCAGUCGUCGGAGAUCACCACACAGCAACCAGGAAGCAGUAACCCAACAACAAACACGAAUGAGAACGGUAAACGGCCACUAGACGAGGAGGAUAUGGCUGGAGGGAAUGAAUUCAAGAGGCUGAACGCUUCGGGGCCGCCUGCAUUAAAAACAUGAUGACGGCAAUGAUGGACGUGAAUACGUAAUGAAGGGACGGGAUAUGGACGCAUAGUUCAAUGUUGGAGUUUAACAGGAGUUACGGAUAUAUGAAAAGGGCUCGGAGGUGAUAGUCGGAUGUAGCUUACGGUCUUUCCUGUAUGGGAGAGGAAGGAGUUUUACCGGCUGCAUUGUCGUGGUAUCCAUAUGGGGAUAUUAUUUUGGAGUGUCGAUACCUGGAUACUACAGAAAUUGUUUUUGUUGGGAUUUAAUAUUCGAGACUGUAGAUUUAACAAUUCGAAUAAAUUGGUUUUACA